UAGGAAUGAAAGAGUAUACAAAUUAAAUUCCAAUAUUAUCUUUUCAUAUUUUUCUCUCUCAAUUUGCUGCAGCUUCUUCAACUUUUCUGAUAGUAAUAAUUCCUUUUUAACCUUAUUUUCCCUCUCUCAACCUGCUUUAAUUAAUUUCUUAAUUAAGUUGGAGAUAUGGUAAACAAGGAAGAGAAAAAAAUUGUGCUCACUAAGCCACUACAACUAGCAAAGGAAUCAGAUUCAGAAGAGGCUUAUAAGGCCCCUAAUCUUUUGCAACGCUUGUUAAGUUUAUUCAAGAAUGUACGCCUAGGAUCUGAUCUCACUUGCUUUCAGCUGCCACCACUAUUUAACUUACCAAAAUCACAACUUCAAUGCUAUGGUGAAUCAGUGUACUGCACUUCUUCAGAUUUGCUAAGCACAUGCAACAGAGGACAGAGUCCAUUGGAGAGGUUCAUAUCUGUUGUAACAUGGUCCAUAUCUACCACACGCCCUGUUUCUUUUGGUGUUGCUCCUUAUAAUCCAAUUCUUGGUGAGACACACCAUGUUUCAAAGGGAAAUCUUAAUGUGUUACUUGAACAGGUGUCACACCACCCUCCAGUAACUGCUCUCCAUGCAACUGAUGACAAGGAAAACAUUGAAAUGAUAUGGUGUCAGCAACCUGUUCCUAAAUUUUAUGGCACAUCAGUGGAAGCUCAAGUGCAUGGUAAAAGGCAACUGAAGCUCUUAAAUCAUGGAGAAACUUAUGAUAUGAAUUCUCCAAAUCUUUUAUUCAAGAUUCUUCCAGUUCCUGGUGCUAAUUGGGUUGGCACAGUUAAUAUUAGAUGUUUAGAGACAGGCCUAGUGGCUGAAUUAUCCUACAAAUCAAGUCAUUCUUUUCUAGGACUUGGUGGAAAUCAUAAUGUCAUCAAAGGGAAGAUCUUUGACUCUUCAUCUUGCAUGGUUUUAUAUGAAGUUGAUGGUCAUUGGGACAGGACUGUAAAACUGAAGGAUAGAAAAAAUGGAAAAGUCAGAGUAAUAUAUGAUGCAACAGAAGUCAUUUCAGAGCUACAUCCUCCUAUUCUCAAGGAUGAAGAGAGUGUGUGGCCAACUGAAUCGGUACAUAUUUGGAGUGAAUUGAGUCAAUCCAUUGUGAAUAAAGAUUGGGAGAAAGCAAAAGAAGCAAAACAAGUAGUAGAGGAGAGACAAAGGGAGCUUAAGAAAGAAAGAGAGGCAAAAGGAGAAAAUUGGAUUCCUAAACAUUUUGUAGUGUCUUACAACAAAGAAGUAGGAUGGAAUUGUUCACCUAUUCAUAACUGUGUAUCAGCUGCUCCCAUCAUAGCCCUAUAAUUGUUGUUAUGUAAUGUGUUUAUCUUUUUCUUGUUUUUAAUUAAAAUAUGCAGUUAUGGACCAAC